CAUAAACAAAGAGUGUACAGAUUUUUUUGCUUUAUUUAAUAAGUGAUUUACCGUUAAAAUCGUUUUUUUCUUAAACAAAUUAACGUAAAUGAAUAAUUGACAAUUCGUUUGGUCUUCAGUAAAUUGUAAUUUGAGUUACCUCAUCAAGAAAUCAUGGCUCGCGAUCUUGGAUCAAGUUCAUCGAGUCAACGCGGUGGAGGACGGCGCCGCGGCAACAAGAGACCACAUCCACCGAUAUAUGGAGGCAUUACUAACUCUUUCAGYGACAGAAACAGUGAUUUUCUGUGUCCAAUAUGCUUUGAUACAAUAGACGAAGCUUUUAUGACUAAGUGUGGCCAUACAUUCUGUUAUCAAUGCAUCAACAGAAGUCUUUCUGAAAGUAAUCGAUGUCCAAAAUGUAACUUUAUCAUUGAGAAGGCUGACCAAAUUUUCCCUAAUUUCUUAUGUAAAGAAUUUAAAGAAAGAAGAAUUAUCUUUAGCGUAAACAUAGAUGACUUGUCGAAGCAAGAAUUCAGUAAGUCGUAA